CCUUCGCCUUAGUCUCUGUCAUGGUAUCUGUGUAUCUUCACUGAUGUCUGCUCGUCACUUAUCCAUUUUUUUAAAUUUAAAAAACAGUAACUGUAAUUCAGAAAAAAAAGACAGAUUUCAUGCAGUUUUCAUACAUGUGACAAACUUACGAUAAAACGAAAACAUACCUAAAGUAGGAGGAAUUAUCCUGGAAUUUUGAACUGUUUGACAUUUGCUGCACAGAACCAACAAUACCAGUAAACAGUUUGGGGUGUUGUUCUUUAAGGAAUAUGGCUGAAGGACAAGUAUUAAAGUGAAAGUCCCUGUAAAAGGAAGUUUAGACAGCAACACUUUCAAUCUGACUACACUACAUAUUGCCAAGUUCUCGUGAAACCGUUCUCUUCAAAGACAAAGUCCCGUCAGACGUGCAAACAGGUCCAUUUAUAAGUAGUCAUAAUGCCAGAGAGUGAAAGACCUUAUUUCACCUGGAUACGUCAAACAAUAGCUUGCACCUUGCUGGUCUACCACAUCAUGUUUUUUCUUCAGGCGAUCGUUGGAUUGGUGCACAUUAAUGAUUGUCGAAUCGACCCCUUCAUCCCCGUCUAUCUGUCUGGUUAUGGAUUCAUAGCCGUGUUCUGGUUGUGGUCUAAGAGGUGGUGUGGUAUCAUCCUUUGGUCUGCAUCCAUCGCCUUCGUCUUUGUGUGGUUCAUCAUGGGUACCAUUCGCAUCUACUCCGCUUAUCAACCUGACUACAACAAGAACACUAAAGACCCCGAUCAUUACUGCGACAAGACGCUCUACCUGUUUGCAUUUUGGACCACCAACCUGGCCUUCGUCCUGUUAGCUGUUCUUGUUUGCUCGUAUUCUUUAGCUGUGUAUUAUCUGAUAGACAUUAAUGAUGAUGAGACUCAAACGCUGCUUGGGGAUAACCAAAAUAAUGCAAUGUUUAUAGUUUAUUUUUUUCAAAGGCAAAUCUCAUUGAGACAUGAAGUCUCAGUUUCAAGAGCAACCUAAACAUGACUGAAUCAAAAUCAUAAUUCAAUUACUUUAACUUAUGUACAGCCAAUUCACAACAAUAGUAAAAACAGCUUAAAAUGCUUUGUAUCAAAAAGACCCCACAAUACUAAAACUCCCUUUUAACUUAAUCACGGGAAUCCCACAAGCAUCCUUGGCUUAUUGCAGCAUAACUAAGGGAAGAUAAGGGUCACCUGAUCCAACUAUAAGAUCAAUCAGAAAAGAUAAGCAUACAAUUGAUCAUAAUUAGUGAUUAAUCAUUAUAAUUAUCUGUGUUUUAUGUACAUUUGGAGCUUAUUGCCCAAUAUUUUAUCUUGGUUAAUACGGCAACAUGAAGCUUUUGCAAUUACCAUGUAAAAUUACAAUAAAUGAUUUAUGUCUAAUCUUUUUCCCCCCUGAUUUAUUGAACCCUCUUUCCUUUGAAAAGUGUAUAUGAUGUAAAUUUUAUGUAUGUUAAUGAAAUCCACGAGUGAGUUGUGUUUUAUUUACUUGUAAAUAAAAGAAAAUAAGAAUAACAU